UCAACAACAUAGAUUGACCAAAGUGAUUCCUUUGCGAUUUGAAAUAUUGGAAAUUUUAAUUGUUACGAUGAACAUCAACUCGUGUAUAACUGUUUUAACAGUUUCUUUGGCUUGGUCUUUGUCCAUUUCUGAGGCUGUAUCAUUAAAUCAACCGCGAUUAACGUUACCACAAUCAGGGAAUCAGAAUGAUAAUCAACAAACUGGAUCGAAAUUGGAGAAACAAUUAAACGAAACCAAAGCAUCUGCAUCGUUUGAUUCAUUUCGAGUCUCAACACCGGAAACAAAUCGUGAUGGAACUUUACUUUUAGAUUCAUAUCAUGAUUUCCGUUCCAAUCAUCACCAUCAUGGUCAUCAUCCUUAUCACCAUUAUGGUCAUCACAAUGGUCAUCACAAUGGUCAUCAUAAUGGUCACCAUUAUGGACACCACUAUGGUCCAAGUGAUUACCACCAUCGAUACCCUCACCAUAGUUACGGUAAUCAUCAUCAUCGAUACCCUGAGUACCACCAUGGACAUUAUUAUCCAUCAGUCGAUGAAACCGGCUCGGAGAUAACCAAUACAGGUGAAGCUGUCGACGGCGGAGUUGUAGAUUCAGUGGAUUCAGUUGAUCCGAUUGAGGAAGGUGUUGAUGAUUUAGCUGGGCCUGAUAGUAACGGAGCAUCAGAACCUGUUGACCCGAUGGUCAAUGGUGAACUUGUUGACCCAGAGACGGAGGAAGUGACCGAAACACCAAUUGAUGAGGAAACUUUAUCAGAAGAUCCGAUUGAAAGUGAUGUUGAAGAGAUUCCGAUUGAAAAUGUCCCCGGUGAACCAACUAACGGUGAACUUGUCGCCGACGAUUUAACUCACCCACCAAGGGAUUAUCGUCAUCAUUACAAUCAUGGUUACGAUCAUCGAUACUAUGAUCCAGCUUCAUCUUCAUAUGAUCAUCGUCAUCCAAUUUACAGUCAUCUUCCCCCGACACAUUUUAAGUGCUCUCAUAUUAAACACACUGGUUAUCCAUCGGAUAUUGAAGCUCGGUGUCAAGUUGUACUUCCGGGUAAUCGAUCAGGUCGUUGGGAGAUCCUUCAUUUCCUUCACAAAUCUAGUCCACAAAAGUCGAAUGCAAUCAUUUACCUAGACCACGGAGGUCACCAUCAUCAUCCACACCAUCACAGUUCAUAUGGACACGGACAUGGACAUGGACACGGACACGGACACGGGCACCAUGGUCAUCACGGCUCUUACAAUCACCAUCUUCAUUACCCUCACCAUUUAGGUUACAAUCACCAUUAUCCUCAUCAUCAUCGUCACCAUUACAAUGGUCACCACUAUCCAAAGGCCAGUUUCAUCAAACGAAGAAAAUAA